GCAGCAGCAGCAGCAGCAGCAGCAACAGCAACAGCAACGGCAGUAGCAGCCGCCGCUCCAGCCUUGGCCCCUGCCCGGCCCCAGCCCCAGCCCCCGCCCUCUUCCUACUGCUUUCAGUCCAUAGCUCUCUCUCUCUUUGGUGAAGCAUCGCAGUGAGCCCUGGGCUCCCUGGCUGCCGUCGCUGCUACUGCCACCGCUGCACCGUCUCCCCCUCCCCUCCCACCAGAGGAUGGGCUGCGAGAGGCAGCAGUGUUGCCCCAAAUCCGCCUAAAGCUACAAAAACAAAGAGAGCAUCCGAGACCGGGGUGGAUGCAAACAACCAUGAAAGACUGGGUCUUUCCUUUCUCGGGCUCUGUUGCUGCCGCUGCCGCCGCCGCCGCCGCCGCCGCCGCCGCCGCUGAGAGGACCACACUGUGAAGGGGGGAGCCAGGAGAGCAGCAGCUCGUUGGGAAUUGGAAAGGUGAGAGGUAGCAAGGAAGAGGAGGGGGAGGGCAGGAAAAAAGAUGUCUUCUUCUUCUGCUUUGGGUCCCCGAGGCCCUCGCCCACCCACAGUGCCUCCCCCUAUGCAAGAGCUGCCCGACCUGAGCCACCUGACCGAAGAGGAAAGGAACAUUAUCAUGGCAGUGAUGGACCGGCAGAAGGAAGAAGAAGAGAAAGAAGAGGCCAUGCUCAAGUGUGUUGUCAGGGAUAUGGCGAAACCUGCGGCCCGCAAAACACCAAGGAAUGCUGAAAACCAGUCUCACCAACCUUCACCGAGAUUGCAUCAGCAAUUUGAAAGUUACAAAGAACAAGUGAGGAAAAUUGGGGAAGAAGCCCGCCGUUACCAAGGAGAGCACAAAGAUGAUGCCCCAACUUGUGGCAUUUGUAUGAAAACAAAAUUUGCUGAUGGAUGUGGCCAUUUAUGUUCUUACUGCCGGACCAAGUUCUGUGCAAGAUGUGGAGGCCGAGUUUCUCUGCGAUCAAACAAUGAGGACAAAGUGGUUAUGUGGGUAUGCAAUUUAUGUCGAAAGCAACAAGAAAUCUUAACCAAGUCUGGAGCUUGGUUUUUUGGGAGUGGAACUCAACCACCAAGUCAAGACGGGACACUCAGUGACACAGCUACUGGUGCAGGUUCCGAGGUGCCUAGAGAAAAGAAAGCGAGGCUACAAGAACGAUCAAGAUCUCAGACCCCCUUAAGCACAGCAGCAGGCUCCCAGGAAAUCACUCCUUCAGGGGUCCCAUCAGAGCGAAGCAAAGGAACAGAACUGUCCCAGAAAGCCAUGGGUCUGGAACAGAAACAGGUUUCAUCCAGAUCUAGAAGUGAACCCUCUCGAGAAAGGAAGAAAACUUCAGUGACUUCUGAGCAGAAUGGUAAAGGAGGACUGAAAAGUGAGCGAAAACGUGUGCCAAAAUCCUCCCUUCAGCCAGGUGAGGGACCUGUGGAGGAGAAGGACCGGAAGGAAAGGAGGGAAAGAAGACUAGAGAAGGGCCGGUCACAGGAUUUGCCAGAAAAGCGUGAAGAGAGCAAAGGUAUAGAGGAUGAGAAACAAAGGAAAGAAGAAGAAUAUCAGACUCGAUACCGCAGUGACCCUAAUCUAGCAAGGUAUCCUGUUAAGCCCCACCCUGAAGAACAACAGAUGCGCAUGCAUGCCAAAGUCUCUAAAGCCCGCCAUGAAAGGAGACAUAGUGAUGUGUCUUUGCCCCACACAGAGAUGGAAGAAUCAGAGGUGCCAGAGAAUAAGUUAGGGAAACGGGCCCAGCCCUCUGGAACUCAGGAUCGAAAAUCCCUUUUGGAAACUCAGAGGUCAUAUUCCAUAGAAAGAACGGGUGAUGUAAGAGUAUCUGUUUCUAAACAAUUAACUAACCAUAGCCCACCAGCUCCCAGGCAUGGCCCUGUUCCAACAGAACACCCUGAGUCCAAGAGCCAAGAGUCUUUCAAAAAGCAGAGUCGCCUAGAUCCCAGCUCUGCUAUUCUUAUCCGGAAAGCAAAGAGGGAGAAAAUGGAAACAAUGCUGAGAAAUGACUCUCUGAGCUCUGACCAGUCAGAGUCAGUGCGGCCAUCUCCGCCCAAACCCCAUAGAUCUAAGAGAGGGGGAAAGAAAAGACAGAUGUCUGUCAGCAGCUCUGAGGAAGAAGGUGCCUCCACACCUGAAUAUACCAGCUGUGAAGAUGUGGAAAUAGAAAGUGAAAGUGUCAGUGAAAAGGGUGACUUGGAUUAUUACUGGCUGGAUCCUACCACGUGGCCCAGUAGGGAAACAUCUCCUAUAAGUUCGCAUCCUGUAACGUGGCAACCAUCUAAAGAGGGUGACCGACUAAUUGGACGUGUUAUUCUUAACAAGAGAACAACCAUGCCCAAAGAAUCGGGUGCACUACUAGGAUUAAAAGUUGUUGGAGGAAAAAUGACUGAUUUAGGACGUCUUGGUGCCUUCAUCACCAAAGUAAAGAAGGGUAGCCUAGCAGAUGUAGUAGGACAUCUAAGAGCAGGGGAUGAAGUUCUAGAAUGGAAUGGUAAACCCCUGCCUGGAGCUACAAAUGAAGAAGUUUACAACAUUAUUUUAGAAUCAAAAUCAGAACCUCAAGUUGAAAUUAUUGUUUCAAGGCCUAUUGGUGACAUUCCAAGGAUUCCCGAGAGUUCUCAUCCUCCAUUAGAGUCUAGUUCAAGUUCUUUUGAAUCUCAAAAGAUGGAAAGACCUUCCAUUUCUGUAAUUUCUCCAACUAGUCCUGGAGCACUAAAGGAUGCCCCUCAGGUCUUACCAGGGCAACUUUCUGUGAAGUUGUGGUAUGACAAAGUUGGACAUCAACUUAUUGUAAAUGUUCUUCAGGCAAGAGAACUACCCCCUCGAGUGGAUGGACGACCGAGGAAUCCCUAUGUGAAAAUGUACUUUCUUCCAGAUAGAAGUGAUAAAAGUAAAAGGAGGACCAAAACAGUAAAGAAAGUCCUAGAACCAAAAUGGAACCAAACAUUUCUCUAUUCACAUGUGCACCGUAGAGAUUUUAGAGAACGAAUGUUAGAAAUUACUGUGUGGGAUCAACCAAGAGUACAAGAAGAAGAAAGUGAAUUUCUUGGAGAGAUCCUCAUAGAGCUGGAGACAGCCCUGCUAGAUGAUGAACCACAUUGGUAUAAACUGCAGACACACGAUGAAUCUUCGCUACCUCUGCCUCAGCCAUCACCUUUCAUGCCACGGAGACACAUUCAUGGAGAAAGCUCUAGCAAAAAACUACAAAGAUCUCAGCGAAUCAUUGAUAGUGACAUCUCAGAUUAUGAGGUUGAUGAUGGUAUUGGAGUAGUUCCUCCAGUAGGUUAUAGGUCAAAUACCAGAGAAAGCAAAUCUACAACUUUAACUGUGCCAGAACAGCAAAGAACAGCUCAUCACCGCUCACGAUCUGUAUCUCCUCACCGUGGUGACGAUCAGGGCAGGCCCCGUUCCCGGUUACCAAAUGUGCCAUUACAGAGGAGUUUAGAUGAAAUUCAUCAAGUGAGAAGGUCACGUUCUCCAACCAGACACCAUGAUGCCUCCCGAAGUCCAGUUGAUCUCCGAUCCAGAGAUGUGGAUAGUCAAUAUUUAUCAGAACAAGAAAGUGAGCUUCUUAUGCUGCCCAGAGCAAAACGAGGACGAAGUGCAGAGUGCCUACAUACGACCAGACAUUCUGUUAGGCACUAUAAAACUUUGCCAUCCAAGAUGCCUUUAAUAGAGAAUGGCAGUCAUUGGAAUAUUCACAGCUCAGCUCUGCCUGCAUGUGCUAAGAUCCAAUCAAUGGUUAGACAGGAUAUUUCUCUUCUUGAUGAUUGUUUUAAUACACAAGAAUUGAGAUUUCCUGAAAUAUUGGAUAAUGAACUACAGCCCUCCCUUGACAGGGCUAGGAGUGCUAGUACCAACUGCUUGAGACCAGAUACUAGUUUGCAUUCACCAGAACGAGAAAGGGGUAGAUGUUCCCCUUCCCUAGAUAGGCGAAGACCUACUAGUCCCAGGAUUCAAAUCCAGCAUGCAUCUCCUGAGGAUGACAGGCAAUCUCGAAAGUCGGAAAGAUCUAGCAACCAAAAACAGACUAGGAAAAGCAAUGCAUCUGAUGCAGAAAGGGUUCUCCCACAACAUCUUUCUAGAAGGGGACACCCUACCCCAAGAACAACUGAUCAGCCAGUCAUUAGGGGAAAACAUCCCUCUCGCUCAAGGUCGAGUGAGCAUUCUAGUGUCAGAACACUGUGUUCUAUACAUCACCUUGCGCCAGGAGGGUCGGCACCAGCUUCUCCGCUUCUGACAAGAAUACACCAACAAGGAAGUCCAGGACAGUCUCCUCCUGCAGACACAACCUUCAGUAAUCGUAGGGGAAGACAACUCCCACAGGUUCCAAUAAGAAGCGGCAGUAUAGAACAAGCAAGCUUAGUAGUGGAGGAGCGAACAAGACAGAUGAAAAUGAAAGUACAUCGCUAUAAGCAGACAACAGGGUCUGGUUCUAGCCAAGAACUUGAUCGCGAGCAAUAUUCCAAGUAUAACAUACAUAAAGAUCAAUACAGAAGCUGUGAUAACGUCUCUGCCAAAUCAUCAGAUAGUGAUGUCAGUGAUGUGUCAGCCAUUUCCCGAACCAGCAGUGCCUCACGCCUCAGCAGCACAAGCUUUAUGUCAGAACAAUCUGAGCGCCCCAGGGGUAGAAUCAGUUCAUUUACCCCUAAAAUGCAAGGCAGACGGAUGGGAACUUCAGGGAGAACCAUCACAAAGAGCACAAGUGUGAGUGGAGAGAUGUACAAACUGGAACAUAAUGAUGGAAGUCAGUCGGAUACAGCUGUUGGCACAGUUGGAACAGGUGGAAAGAAAAGGAGAUCAAGUCUUAGUGCCAAAGUGGUGGCCAUAGUAUCUCGGAGAAGUAGAAGCACAUCCCAACUUAGUCAAACAGAAUCUGGACACAAGAAAUUGAAAAGCACUAUACAGAGAAGCACAGAAACUGGCAUGGCAGCUGAAAUGAGGAAGAUGGUACGGCAGCCAAGUCGAGAAUCUACUGAUGGCAGCAUUAAUAGCUACAGUUCAGAAGGAAACCUAAUAUUUCCUGGGGUCCGAUUGGGAGCUGACAGUCAAUUCAGUGAUUUCCUUGAUGGACUAGGACCAGCUCAGCUUGUUGGACGACAAACACUAGCAACUCCUGCUAUGGGUGAUAUACAGAUUGGAAUGGAAGAUAAAAAGGGUCAAUUAGAAGUGGAAGUCAUCAGAGCAAGAAGCCUCACUCAAAAACCUGGUUCCAAAUCUACACCUGCUCCAUAUGUUAAAGUCUAUCUUUUGGAAAAUGGAGCCUGCAUAGCAAAGAAGAAAACAAGAAUUGCCAGAAAAACCCUUGAUCCAUUGUAUCAACAAUCCCUGGUUUUUGAUGAAAGUCCACAGGGCAAAGUUCUUCAGGUGAUCGUCUGGGGGGACUAUGGGCGAAUGGAUCAUAAGUGUUUCAUGGGUGUAGCUCAGAUUCUUCUGGAGGAACUUGAUCUGUCCAGCAUGGUAAUAGGAUGGUACAAGUUGUUCCCACCCUCAUCACUGGUGGACCCAACCCUCGCUCCCUUGACCCGGAGGGCUUCCCAAUCAUCUCUGGAAAGUUCAACUGGGCCUCCUUGCAUUCGAUCAUAGUGAACUUAUAGAGAAUGGAUCCUAGUUAAAUAAAAUGCUACCAAUCCAGGAUAAUAACCCGAACUAGAUAUUAUGUGAUCAAAAAAUUGUUGGAGACAGACAAUCAACUUCUGUUUUACCUGUAAUAGUUAUCCAAAAAUAUGUCUGAAUUGUUUAUUUAAACCUGGCUUCAAAUGACAGAUCAAGGGCAUCUAUCAAAUUACAAUAAAACAAAAACAAAAAGUUAAUUUGCUAGUGAGAGUCACUGAUGCUUCUGUUAGCAAAAAAAGAAAAAAGAAAAAAGAGGGGGGAAUUAAAAUUCACACACACACACACACACACACACACAAUAUAUAUAUAUACAUAAUUGAACAAACUGGAAACCCUCACUCUGUGGAAAAUCUUGUGUUAUACAUGUUCUCACAUUCUUACCCAGACUACAAACAGUGUUAUUUCCCCUGGUGUUUGAGCAGUGUUUUCUGUAUUUGUUACUUCCUAUAGUUUUCUGCUGUGUGACCCUCUCUUCACCCAUGUUGUGACAGUCCUCACCAUGCUAAUACAGACCCUUUCCUUUUUUUCUCCCAGAUCACUGAUAAAGGGUUGCAGAACCUCUGCAACUGCCCCCUAAGUGUGCAAAAUCUGGGCAAGGUGAUACCAAUUAAGGGUCUCAUGUUCCCUACCCCCUACCCUCACAACCCCUCCAGUAUCACCUCUUCAAAGUCUUAUGUGUAGAAACCCAAAGCAAACCAAGAGGCCAGAAUGUUUCCCUCCCAAUAUGAUAAGUACCACUGUUUAUUUUUUUUUGCAUUCUGGACAAAGCAUAAAAAUUUUUUAAAAGUCUAUGUUUUGCAUGAAAGACUUUUGAAGAAACUUAUCUGCAACUAAGGCUGGGGACUGCAACAGCUUAAUCUUAGUUUCUGACAUUGAAACCACUCCUUGUUAAUGCUGUUCUCUUUCUAAUGUUCUAGCAAGAAUAAUCACAUUCAUGUAUAGGAACUAUACAUUUGAUGUCCCACAAUGUUGACCAGAAAUGGAAUUAAACAUAUGACACUUUCAGCUAUACCCGGCUUCUCUGCUGUGUCUCCCUUCAGACACACCUGUCGGCCCUGGAUAGAGCAUGGUAUGGGCUGUUCAAUAUUUCACUGGGAAUUCUAGUUGAAAUAUUCUGCACUUAACUAAUGUUUUUAUCCAAUUUUAGUUUACAUUUCUUUAAGACUGAUGCAAGCACAAAGCUUGAUUUUUUAACACAAAGUAUCUUUUUUGAGGGAAAAAAAAAAUCCAAUUUCAUUUGCAUUUUCUUCAUUUGAGUUUUUCUUGGCCUUGACGUUCCCUUGUGAUGUGCUACCAACUGCAGAUCGUGCAGGUGCAUUGAUAGGUUUUUCCUUCCUUUUAUGGGCCAUUCAAUUUUGUGAUCACACAGGUAGAGCAGCAUGACUUGGAACUCUUCAAAGCUGCAUGCAUGUUUUGUUAAAAAAAAAAAAAAGUAAAGAAACAAAAAGGUAAUUUAAUAAUGUAUGUUAGCUCCACGUAGGCUGGCUUGUAUGUUGCAUGUACUUGUACAGUUUGCUCGUUAAUAACUAUACUGAAAUAACCAAGAAAUCUAAGCCAUCCAUUUUUGUUAUAGACAUUUAGCAGGCUUUAGCCAGACUCAAUCAGUCUGGUGCAAAAUGUCUAGAGAUGGACUUUAUUUUUUACCCUAUGGAAAACGUGAUGUAGUUCGGACCAAACCUUCUUAUAAAUUAUUUUGGUGUAGAUUCCUACUGUGGGGCUGUAACACAUGUAGAAAUUGUGUACACACUAGGUUUUAAUCCAUUAGACAUACUGCCUGCACCGAGUGAAUUAUUAAUUAUUAUUUAACAUGCCAGACUUAUCUGCCCACCAUUCCAUCGGGCAUAGAUUGACUACUGCUCAACCUGCUGAGCAAGAAAAGCUGAAGCAUUGGUGCACUAUUACUAGAGUCCGUUCUGUCUUAGUGGCCAACAAUUGACUAAGUACAAUUGGGUAGUAUCUUUCUAUUUUGACCACUUGUCUUAACACUCCCCUGUGCUUUUAAAUGAACUUCCAACUCAUGUUAUGUAAACAUGUUUAAUAAAAUUUACUUUUCACGUCAGUUGGUA